AACAAUCAAUAUAUUCGCAGUAGGCAAUCCGAAAAUGUGCGCAUGUACGAACGAUAUUUCUGUUCGAUAAGAGCUGGUUUGUUUCUCCAGCUACGGCCGGUGUACUCCGCGAAUUUUACGGAUAAUAAGGCGAUCUGUGUUACAUUAAAGACGUAAAAAUGUCGAAUAGCAAAUGCGUGAAGCAAUUGCGAAAGAAUUAUGUGAAGGAGCAGCAAGAAAUGACCCAUUCGGAAAAGCUGCGAUUAAUAGACGACGAAUUAAAUGCAUUUUACAAAUAUUGUCAGCAGGCUGGUUUCACAGAGGAGGAGAUGGAUAUCAUUUGUCAACCGUUAGUAGCUGCAAUGAGACGAUCCUGGUUGCAACUUGUUUUCAGAGGAACACUUGUACUGAUUGUACUUGGUACUUUGGCCUGCCUGGCAGCUCAGCUCGAUUUUGUUGGAACCCAUUUUACUGCAAUCAGUCGUCUUUUGCUUAUUAAAGUUCUGCCCAUGUGGAACUGGCAACCUUUGUAUUACGAGAAUUGCAUGAUCAAUAAUCCCUUUUACAGCGACUACAUGAUAACAGAAGAAGAUUGUGUGACAUGCGAAGCUCUAGAAACCAUUGAUCGUUUGUCAGAUGUCAGAUAUCGGAAUCUCGUUGAUAAUUACUUGAGCAGGGAUGCACCUGCAAUUAUCACUGAUGCAAUGGAUUCUUGGGCAGUGAUGAACACUGAUUACUUUUGGUUUGAGAACAUUACUCAUCUUUAUUUAGAAAACGAGCGUUUGAUGGAAACAGUGCCAUGUGCUCUGACAUCAAAUCUGAGGACUGGCUCGUCCGACUUGGCAGCAUUCUUACGCCGGGUGCAUUCGCCUGAAGUGGCCAAGUGGUUUGUUCACUGGCAGAACUGCGACAUCAAUGCGGUGAAGGUGCUGAGGAAAUAUUAUCAGCGGCCGUACUUCCUUUCAAGUACCGUCUCGCCAGCGCAUUUUAAUUGGGUCCUCAUGUCCUCGGAUUACAAUAGUCCAAGUUAUAAGAAGGUCGAGCUGGAUUCAGGUCUCAUCGCCCUGGCUCAGCUGCGGGGAGCCACGCAGCUUCGGUUAACUCCUAUAAAUCCUUGCAACAGCUCUUGUCCCGAGUUAAUAGCAGACUUGCGUCAAGGCGAGAUGCUUGUUUUUACUAACGUAAUGUGGACUUUAGAGUAUGCGCCGAUGAGGGGCUUAGAUAAUAUCGCUAUUCUGACUGAAACCGUAUGGGAAGAGGAUACAUAAAUCAUUUAAUACAUUACUCUUCUAUAAACUGUGCUAGUCUCCACGAUACUCAAAAUCCAUGUAUUGCUUAAUUACAUGUAUCUAUGUCUGUACGUAUUCAUUCUGUAACGUGAUAGUUCAUAUUAAAAUAAAGUACUUCCAUGCUCAUUGAAAUAAUUGACUGAAA